AUUGUGCCCUCGGAGCGGGCGGCGGCGCGAUGGCGCGGGUGGCGGCGGCCCCGGGGCGGCGGGCGGCGCGGAGGGCGGGCUGAGCGCAUGGAGCGGCGCGGGCCGGGGGCCGCCACGGCGAGGGGCCGGGCCAGGCCGGGCGGAGCCAGAGCAACUGAGUUCCAGAUAAACACUGUCAGACCCGGCCUAUAGGCUGCUCCAUUGCCAAUGAACUCCAUGAACCCCAUGAAACCUGCCCUGCCCCCCGCGCCACACGGUGAUGGUUCAUUCGCAUAUGAGUCUGUGCCUUGGCAACAAAGCGCCACUCAGCCGGCUGGAUCGCUGUCCGUGGUCACUACUGUGUGGGGAGUUGGCAACGCGACACAGAGCCAGGUUUUGGGGAACCCUAUGGGCCCUGCAGGGAGUCCCUCUGGUGGCUCCAUGAUGCCUGGUGUGGCAGGGGGCAGCUCCGCCUUGACCUCCCCACAGUGCCUGGGACAGCAGGCGUUUGCUGAAGGCGGCGCCAACAAGGGCUACGUGCAGCAAGGCGUGUACAGCCGCGGGGGCUACCCUGGGGCCCCCGGCUUCACCACUGGGUAUGCAGGCGGCCCCGGGGGCCUGGGCCUCCCCUCACAUGCUGCAAGACCCUCCACUGACUUCACACAAGCGGCAGCUGCUGCGGCUGUGGCUGCUGCGGCAGCCACUGCCACCGCCACAGCCACAGCCACCGUGGCUGCUCUCCAAGAGAAGCAGAGCCAGGAGCUGAGCCAGUAUGGAGCGAUGGGGGCCGGACAGUCUUUUAACAGCCAGUUUCUGCAGCAUGGAGGUCCCCGGGGGCCUGGUGUCCCCACUGGCAUGAACCCUACUGGCAUGGGAGGGGUGAUGGGCCCCUCUGGCCUCUCCCCCAUGGCUAUGAACCCCACCCGGGCAGCAGGAAUGACGCCCUUGUAUGCAGGGCAGCGCCUGCCCCAACAUGGGUAUCCUGGGCCUCCCCAGGCCCAGCCACUGCCCCGACAGGGGGUCAAGAGAACCUACUCUGAGGUGUAUCCAGGGCAGCAGUAUCUGCAAGGAGGCCAGUACGCACCCAGCACCGCCCAGUUUGCGCCCAGCCCUGGGCAGCCCCCUGCCCCCUCCCCUUCCUACCCUGGGCACAGGCUGCCCCUGCAGCAGGGCAUGAGCCCGUCCCUGUCUGUGCCCGGCCCCACGGGACUGCACUACAAGCCCACAGAGCAGUUCAACGGGCAGGGCGCCAGCUUCAACGGGGGCAGCGUCAGCUACAGCCAGCCUGGCCUGAGUGGGCCUACCCGUUCCAUCCCGGGCUAUCCCAGUUCCCCACUGCCAGGGAACCCCACACCACCCAUGACCCCAAGCAGCAGCGUCCCUUACAUGUCACCAAGCCAAGAGGUCAAGUCUCCCUUCCUGCCUGAUCUCAAGCCCAACCUCAACUCCUUGCACUCAUCGCCCUCUGGAAGUGGGCCUUGUGACGAGUUGCGGCUGACCUUCCCUGUGCGCGAUGGGGUGGUCCUGGAGCCCUUCCGCCUGCAGCACAACCUGGCUGUGAGCAACCACGUCUUCCAGCUGCGAGACUCAGUCUACAAGACCCUAAUGCUGAGGCCUGACCUGGAGUUGCAGUUCAAGUGCUACCACCACGAGGACCGGCAGAUGAACACCAACUGGCCAGCCUCGGUGCAGGUCAGCGUCAAUGCCACGCCGCUCACCAUCGAGCGCGGCGACAACAAGACCUCACACAAGCCACUCUACCUGAAGCACGUGUGUCAGCCAGGCCGCAACACCAUCCAGAUCACCGUCACCGCCUGCUGCUGCUCCCACCUCUUCGUGCUGCAGCUAGUGCACCGCCCGUCCGUCCGCUCAGUGCUGCAGGGCCUCCUCAAAAAGCGCCUCCUGCCUGCCGAGCACUGCAUCACCAAGAUAAAGCGGAACUUCAGCAGUGGUACCAUCCCUGGCACCCCUGGGCCCAACGGAGAGGACGGGGUGGAGCAGACAGCUAUCAAGGUGUCCCUGAAGUGCCCCAUCACCUUCCGCAGGAUCCAGCUCCCCGCCCGAGGUCAUGACUGUCGCCACAUACAGUGCUUUGACCUGGAGUCGUACCUGCAGCUCAACUGUGAGCGGGGGACUUGGAGGUGUCCUGUGUGCAACAAGACAGCUUUGCUGGAGGGCCUGGAGGUGGACCAGUACAUGCUGGGCAUCCUGAUUUAUAUUCAGAACUCUGACUAUGAAGAGAUCACCAUCGACCCCACAUGCAGCUGGAAGCCAGUGCCCGUGAAGCCUGACAUGCACAUCAAGGAGGAGCCGGACGGGCCGGCACUGAAGCGCUGCCGCACCGUGAGCCCCGCCCACGUGCUCAUGCCCAGCGUGAUGGAGAUGAUCGCCGCCCUGGGCCCCGGCGCUGCCCCCUUUGCCCCCCUGCAGCCCCCCUCAGUCCCUGCCCCCAGCGACUACCCUGGCCAGGGUUCCAGCUUCCUGGGGCCUGGAACUUUCCCUGAGUCCUUCCCGCCCACCAUGCCCAGCACCCCAACCCUUGCUGAGUUCACCCCGGGGCCACCCCCCAUCUCCUACCAGUCUGACAUUCCCAGCAGCCUCCUGACUCCAGAGAAGUCUACCGCCUGCCUACCAGGCCAGAUGGCACCAGCAGGUCACCUGGACCCCACUCACAAUCCUGGGACACCAGGACUACACACCUCCAACCUUGGGGCCCCUCCAGGUCCCCAGGUGCACCAUUCAAACCCUCCCUCAGCGUCCCGGCAGUCCUUGGGCCAAGCGAGCUUAGGGCCCACAGGCGAACUGGCCUUCAGUCCUGCCACAGGCGUGAUGGGGCCCCCCAACAUGUCUGGAGCUGGGGAGGCCCCGGAACCAGCUCUGGACCUGCUCCCAGAACUGACCAACCCUGAUGAGCUACUGUCCUACUUGGGACCGCCCGACCUCCCCACAAACAACAAUGACGACCUGCUCUCUCUGUUUGAGAACAACUGAUCCUGUGUUUACCCCAGGCCCGGCGGGGACACGCUCACAGUUGUCACCACAGCCCUGCUCUUCAUGCCCAGCCCCCUGGGACACCCGGUGGUCUCUCCCAAACCUCCCCCAAAACACACCUGGAGCCAGAGCCUUCUGCUGCCAGCCCUGUGCUCGAUUGGAGGGGCUCCCAGCCCGGCAGCCCUCGCCACCUCCCUCUACCAAGCCUGCUGCUGCAGAAUGGUUUUUGCUGAGGUGCCCCUGCCCAGCCCUCUCCAGCCUUGUCCACGCACACCUCACACCCCUGGUCUCACAGCCUCACACCUUGUCCUUCCACCCCUGCCUGCCCCCGCCCAGCCUGCUUCUUGUCCAGCAUUGAUCCUUCUGUUUCAACAACUCCACUGGGCAGAGCUGGGCAUCUGGUGGGGCUGGCUCUGUCCCCUGCGUCUUUGGCUCCAGUGGUCCCUGUGCCUGGCAGUCCAGCUCUUGGAACCUCGCUGAAUGGCAGCUUCUUGGGGGCCUGGAGCUCUGGCAGCCCAGCCGUGUGUCGUGUCAGGUUCCUCUCCCCACCCCAGCUUCAGGCAGAAUCCUCGGGGUGGGGGAGCUACAAAGCACAACAAUGUACAUAGUGUAGAAACACUAACAGCUGGGAAAGGGGAGCCAGCUGUCCAGCCAGCAUGUUCCUGUUGUACAGCCCGGUCUCCCUGUGCAUUCUGCUCCUUCCCAUGUGCAGACAGAUCAGGGAGGAACCUCCAGUGGGUGGGGGACAAUGAGCUUCAGCCCGGCCGAGGCGGCUGGGUGGGCUCUCAGAUUCAGCUCUGUGUAAAGAUUCUCUAGCGGGCUGCGCUCCCAAGUUUCCCGUCUCUGUGAAAGUGAAGAAUUAGUACAGCUGUGUUUUUUAAAGCCACCUCUCCAUCUCCACCCCAUGGUUCCACACCCAGGUGGGGGAGGAGGAAGCCACUGCAUCUGUUGGCUCGGCCCCAGCCUGUGCGAGCAGGGCACCGGGGCUGUUGUGUCUUCUGUCUGUGCCGAUCUCUAUUAAAGGACUCCCUCUUGGUGGGCCUGGCCGAGUCCCUCCUUCAUGCUCCCAGGGACUAUUUUCUCCCCUGUAAGCCAGCGACCUGCCUAAAGCUUGGGCCUCUGUGCCUGCAAAGCCUGUGCAGGCUCUAGGGGCCGGGUCGACCUUCCAGUGGCUUUUGGGACCCCAGGUUGAGCUCUGGAUGUUCCAAGCCAAGGCUCAGCUAUUCCCGCCCCAUAGUAAAUUUCCUUUUCCGUGGAAUUUUCCAAGUUGGCUUCAGCUGAAGAGCUAUUCUGUGAAGCGUUCCAGGCUUGCCCAGGAGAGACAUUUGCCACUAUGUCACCUUAUCUGGGCUUGCCCUGGGGCACUGAGCCAGCUGUUUGGCAGCCUCAGCCCAGCCAGGGGCUCCUUCUCAGUUCUUGUCCCCGGGAGGCCUCUGCUUGUCACUUACCAGAGAUUGCAGAGGUGUGUCCUGCCUACCAUCUGCCUGUCCAGCUUGGUGGGGGACCGGGUCACCCUUUCCUCCUGUCCUGGGCCCCAUCCUUGAGGGCCUUCCCAGCCAGCCAGCAGGAGAGGCAAGAACUGGGGGAACAUGGGAACCUAGGGGAGAAGAGGGAGUACUGGGCAUCCUCAGGCUGGCGGCCAAGGCCUGCCCCUUGAGGCACUAGAGGAGGGCAUCUGUCUGUGGGAGCCCAGAGGCUGCAGGGAGGAGAAGGAGGGAGGUGUCUGGUGUGAGCAUUGUCCCUGCAACAUUUGGGACCACACAGGUGGGCUUCCUUGUUUCCUGACAGAGUCUCUGUUUCCAGCUCUUCUGCCCUCUCUGGACGAGGGAACAGAAGUGGAGGAAACAAAAGAAGCAGCAGUGCACACACUCCUGGCGCUGGGUGUGGAGACAGCCCAGUGCUGUCCCACUCAGCCAUGGCCUGAUCCAGGCCCCGGGCCCUGCUUUCUUGGGUGUCAAACAACUGUGUCCUGAACAUCUGAUGCACCACUUGCCCUACCUGUUGCAAACGUGAUGCUCCUGGAUGGAGUGGAGAAACCGGAAGACUGGGACAAGCAAAAGGCUGCAAACAACCCAGAAGCCCAUCCUCAGAAGGCUGGAGAAAUGAUAGAAGAACGCGUGGGCACCGUGGCCCUGUGCUCCGUCACGAACACAUCUCAGAAACAAUGUGGGGUGAAAAAGCAAGACAGGUCAUACAGUAUGACGCCAUUUUUAUAAAUCUCAAAACCAAA